AUGGACGAUGAUGUUGCUGAUAGAUUGCAGAAGAUGAAGCUAACGAUUGAGGAGGAAGAAAUUAUCCCCAUCUCGGAUGAGGGAAGGUUGGAUGCCAUCGAGAGUUGCAAUUUGAGUUUGAUGGGGAAGUUUCUGACUUGUAAGCCAUUCAAUAGAAUGGCGGCGAAGAACACGAUACGUCGAGCAUGGGGGUUGAAUGAAUCAUUACAAAUUUCAGAAGUUGGACCGAAUCUCUUUCAAUUCAAAUUUCAAUCAGAGUUUGAUAUGGAUCGGAUCAUGAGAGGAGGUCCUUGGUCCUUUGAUAAUCAAUUAUUAUUACUGAAGAGGUGGAAGAAGGGUAUGACCAUGGGUAACAUUCAAUUGGACUCUGCCUCACUUUGGGUCCAAAUUUGGGAUGCACCAUUCGAUAUGAUCUCUUCUCAAGUAGCAAGGGAAGUAGGGAGUAGGCUAGGUACGGUUGAGGAGGUGGAACGGCGGCAUAGGAAGGAUGACAUAAAUAUGUUUAUGAGAGUUCGGGUGGCUUUACCAAUAGCAAAACCUCUACGUCGAGGUGGAUUCAUUGCUGGGUCGAAUGGUGUAAAGACAUGGUUGUCAUUCAAAUAUGAAAGAUUGCCGAUGUUUUGUCACUUCUGUGGAAUUUUAGGUCAUGACUUAAAGAACUGUGCAGCCCACUUUGUAGCGGAGAAACAGGGGAGAAAGGUAGAAUAUCAAUAUGGGGAGUUCUUGAAAGCUUCAAGGAUCCGUCCAAGGGCUUCAACAACUAAGGCAGCGUUCUCUACGUCUAGUACAAAGGACGGCAAUGGCAGCAAUGUGAAGCAAACUUCCGGUCAGGCAGCAUAA